AUGGCAAAGGUGGCUGAUGUCAAUGGGAGGCUUCAUCCUGCCAGACUCCUCUUAGACAAUGGCAGUACUUCCAAUUUCAUCACCCAGGAACUCUGUGGAAAGCUCGGUCUGGUAAAACAAAGCUCUAAUUCAACCAUCUCAGGUAUUAACGGUCAAGUUUCUAGUACAUCUGAAAGUUGUCAUCUUACUAUACAAUCUUCUUGUGGUGACUAUCAGGUGAGCGUAGACUGUCUUAUUUUACCGACAAUAACACAUUCACUGCCUAGCACUUACGUAGUUAAAAAACAUCUUUCUAUUCCCGUAGGCCUUCAGCUAGCAGACCCUACAUUUAAUACACCUUCAGCGAUUGAUAUUCUCGUCGGCGCUGAAGUCUUCUGGGACGUCUUAGGUUCCAAUUCGAUCAAUUUAGGUAAUAAUCAGCCUAGGUUGCAGUCAUCAAAAUUAGGUUGGCUUAUUUCUGGUUGUGUAUACCAGUCCCGACCUCGUCAACGUUCAUCUUUGUGUCAUUUUCUGUCAAGUAGGGAGAGUGAUCAGCUAACUCGCUUUUGGGAGCUUGACUCUGUAUCAAACCAAAGCUGUUUCUCUUUAGAAGAGGAGGCUUGUGAGAAGCUCUUUCAAGAGACUACCUAUCGUAACGAGUUCGGCCAAUUCAUCGUCACCAUCCCAUUGAAAGACUCGCCUGAGUGUUUGGGGGACUCUUAUGCAAUGGCCAAGCGUCGGUUUAUGUCCUCAGAGCGCAGGACUAGAACUCAGGACCAAGAUCUGCAUCCGUACAUGCCAACAACUAGACCACCGAGGCGGUUAUUUAUCAAAACGGUAAACGGUAAACGGCAAGCAGUAAGCCGUAUUAUACCUAUUACCUACCUAAUAUUU